AGGAGGCGGUGCCGCUUCCUUUCUGGCCAACUUGGCUGAAGUGUCAUCAGGACGACACCGACAGACUUUGGUAAAGUUUCUGCCUCGGUGCUCCCUCGGUCCAGACAUGGCCCCCAGCGCCCAACUGAAGGAGGCGAUAGCCGAUGUGCAAGAGGGCAUCCGUGCCAUCCUGCUCGGACCUCCCGGAGCCGGGAAGGGGACUCAGGCCCCUCGGUUAGCGGAGAAGUACUGCGUUUGCCACCUGGCCACCGGAGACAUGCUGAGGGCCAUGGUGGCUUCAGGCUCCGAGCUCGGCAAGAGGCUGAAGCAGACCAUGGAUUCUGGCAAACUGGUCAGCGAUGAGAUGGUUGUGGAGCUCAUAGAGAAGAACCUCGACACGCCGCCCUGCAAGAACGGAUUCCUGCUGGACGGAUUCCCAAGAACAGUCAAACAAGCAGAGAUGCUGGACGACUUGUUGGACAAGAGACAUGAGCAGCUCGACUCUGUGAUUGAGUUCAGCGUCGAUGAUUCUCUGCUGGUUCGCCGGAUCUGUGGCAGACUAAUUCAUCAGCCGAGUGGACGCUCCUACCACGAGGAGUUCAACCCCCCCAAAGAGCCCAUGAAGGAUGACGUGACAGGUGAGCCGCUGAUUCGUCGCAGUGACGACAACGAGACAACGCUUCAUUCCCGUCUGGACGCCUACCACCGGCAGACCGCCCCUCUGGUCAAGUACUACAGUGCCAGAGGCAUCCACACAGCCAUCGACGCCGCCCAGAGUCCCAAUGUCGUCUUCGCCUCCAUUGUUGCUGCCUUCACUGCUGCAACGGAAGUCCCCGCUCGUGCCACCGCCUGUAAAGACCAAGUGUUCUUCAUUUAAAAUUUUUCUUCCUUCCCCUUCGAGUGGCUUCAUUUUCCCCUCAGUGGUGGAGAUUAUACAAGAGUUGAUCGAGUGUCAGAGUGGCAACAAAAUGUAACUUUAACGAGGAAGAUGGAGACUCAAAUCACUGUUGUAGCAACAGAAAGGAGUCAAAUUAUAUUACUCUUCAUCACCAAAUCCAAGCCUGAAAGAGAAGAAGUGAUUAACUGACACCAUCCUUCUGCUGCUUCUGCCGCCUUUCACUGUAAACAAGUGAGAUUGAAGGUUCUGACAUUUAGCAGAGCAGAGUGCCGCCUACAUGUUGAUAGAUGCUCUUCACCAGAAGGUGUUUGAAAAUAUUGACUUUUGUUGCAUAUUGUUUGCCGUCACUGGACAGGUUUGCUCUUGUUUAAUCGAUGACUUUGCCUUGGUUUUCUUUUUAGUCUUUUGAUUCUCAUGUUCUUUCAGUUGAUCUCCUGGUUUUUCCAAUCCAACUGUACCAAGUGUGAUCAAAAAAUUGAGAGACUGCGCUUGUAAAAAUCCAAAAAUCCUGCUGGAUUUACAUUUGGCAGCUUUCGCUUUUAAGUUAGUUUCCUUGUGCAGUGAUGCUCUGCUCCCAGUGCUCCUGCUGCCCUUGUAAUGCUCUGUGGAAGUCCAUUUAUGUAUGCAUGUCAAGCACCAUUUACUGUAAGCGUCAAAUCUCCUAAAUUGUGUCAAAAUUGGCGAAUAUUUGGCUUAAAUUUCAUUUCGGAGAAGAGGAAGACAUCAUAAAGAGCCAAAUGAUGGAGAGCAAUGAUUGGGUUGACCUCACUGGUCUGAUGACGUGGUCCAGUUACACAGUUUACGUUAUUUGCAAUGGAUGUUACAGUUGAAUUCUACCUUGAUGCUUGAUGACAAAUUCCUGGUGUCUAAAGUCUGGACACAUAGGAAAUCUCUAACUAUAUAUAUUUUUUGCCCCCACAGAUUAAAUAUGUCUCUGUCGAAAGAGGAAAGAGUUGAAGUGGUACUUGUCAGUGGACGUGAAGGAUGGACAUUUUGAAGGAUAUGGUUAGGGUUCGUAGAGUUAGGGUUAGUAGGGUUAGGGCUAGUAGGCUUAGAGUUAAGGUUAGUAGGGUUAGAGGUAGGGUUAGUAGGCUUAAGGUUAGUAGGGUUGAGGUUAGGGCAGUGCUUGUUUGGGGCUGGCGCGAAUUUUAGCCAUGACCAAUUCUUUCGUUUCGGCUGAUACAUUUGGUCUCCCAGAAUGGGGUUUGUGCAUGACACUACCUGUUUCUAUGAACGUUUUAACCAUAUUCACCACCAUGAAAAGGCCAAGUAACCAUCUUCCUUGGAUGACGUGCAUAAAAUUCCCUACUAACCCUAACUCUAACCCUACCCUAACUCUACUUACCCUAUCUUUUGAUGUAUCCAUCUUUCUUGUUCACUGAGAAGUACCAGUUCAACUCUUUCUUCUUUCAACAAAGACGUAUUUAAUCUGUGGAGGCAAAGAAAUGAUAGUUAAUGAGAUUUCCUGUGUGUCCAGACUUUAGGGGCACCCUGUACAAGAAAACAAGAGUGGUGCUCCUGAACCAAAUGUGAGUUUUCUGAUCUUGACCACUGUGGAACUAUAAAAACUGCUGUUUCUUGUCUUGGGUAGCCGCAGACCCACCUCUGGUCACCAUGAUGAUGAUCUUCAGCCUGAAUGUUGGAUCAUCCAGCAGCUGACUGACACAGAUGUUUGCUUUCUGUAAAAGUUUGAGCUCCAUUGAAAAAUCCCGAAUGUGCCCCAACAAAUUGUUACAAAAAUGUGCGAGAUCAGGACAGAUACGACUUACAUACAUUACUGUUCAAAAGUUUGGGGUCACUUAGAAAUGUCCUUAUUCUGAUAUAAAAUUAUUUUUUUGAUGAAGAUGACAGUAAAUGAAUUCUAAAUCAAGUCUGGAAAUUGUUAAUGUGGUAAAUGACUAUCCUAGCUGGAAACGGUUGAUUUUUAAUGGAAUAUCUCCAUAGGGGUACAGAGGAACAUUUCCAGCAACCAUCACUCCUGUGUUCUAAUGCUACAUUGUGUUAGCUAAUGGUGCUGAAAGGCUCAUUGAUGAUUAGAAAACCCUUGAGCAUUUAUGUUAGCACAUGGGUAAAAGUGUGAGUUUUCACGGAGAACAUGAAAUUGUCUGGGUGACCCCAAACUUUUGAACGGUAGUGUAUGUUGCACGACCUUGAAUGGGAUGCAGACAUACAUCUUUAACAGUCUCUAACCUUUUUUAAUCACAUCUUGUACUUCCUCCUUCUCCUUUUACUUCCUUAAGCCUGAAUGCAUUUUAAUGCCAAACCUGUUAAUCAUUUUCAGUGACCUUUGAUAUGUUCUCUUGUAGCCCUGAGAGAGAACUGAAGCUCUUAGUUUCCAUGAAGUGUCAUAAAACUUAAGAACCUAACCUUGCCAGCAAGUUGAUUUCUCGUGAUAUUUGUGAGUUCACAAAUCUCUCAAGAAACCAUCUUGCUCCGCUCCCGCCUUCACUUUUCGUACAGCACCAAGUUGGUUUGCGGCCAAUCACACAGCAGUAUUCGUGUGUGGGGCGGGAUAUCCGGGUGUGACGACAACACCAAGCGCCAGUAGAUCAAAACAAACAUGGCAACGGAGGACAACAAUCGUGUAGAUGCUGCCAUUAAAUCAGUUUUAGCUGAAUCUCCUAUCGCUUCUUUGAAGGAAGAACAACGAGAGGCGCUUUGCGCAUUUCUGGAUGGUAAAGAUGUUUGUGGUUUUUUACCUACGGGUUUUGGUAAGAGUUUAAUCUACCAAUUGGCUCCGCUCGUUGUGAAGAUCCCGCGAUUGGCUAAAAACAAACCUGUCAGAGGCGGGACAUACUGUUGCAUUGUCCAAUCCGUGCCUCUUUCCUCCGAACGGAUUUACAUAGAGCGGUCCCAGAUUGAUAUUGUGGAGAACUAUCAAGUACUACACAAUUAUUAAUCUGGCUAUUGCCAGGUUAUUAAGAACCCGUUUCAAUGGAAAAGAACUUGAUACUGAAAAGUUAAAGAUGGAAGAACGGGACUGAUCAAUUAAUGAAGGUAAAAUCCAGAACGUGCUUUUAUACUCUUGAGAUCUGUGGACUUUGUGAUAGUUCUAAUCACAGCCUAAACCAGCAGCCUUCAGUCUAUAGCAAAACUCCCCAGUGGGGCAUCGAGGACAGGUGAGGUAUAUAAUAUGUUGUGAAAGAUGUUGUGGAAGGUUCAGGUGUUCUAGGAACAGGAGGUUAGUUGCUGUUAUUUUGCCGUAGUUCGGCCUCCGUGAUGCGCAGCUCGAGGAGGCAAUUCAGCCACUUUAAAACCCUCGGCGGCCAACUGCUGCAGUUGGCAUCGACAUGCAUAUUUCUUCUGAGUCAUAACUCGAUCAGGCAAGAGCACAUAUAAAAAUACAUCAUAAAUGUAUUUUUAUACUGUAUUUCGUAUGACUUUUAAGAAUUUCAGUCCCUGAUGUGUUUCUGGAAAUCGGUGUACAAAAUAAUCUCCUUAUGAUCCUGAGAAUCGUCACGUUUCUAAGUUUUCUUCAAAGUGAAUAAUUGAAAGUUGUCAGCUCAUCCAUGGAUGAACCGAACAAGGAAUUUAACUUACUUUAAUGAUAUCCGUUGUCAAAAUAUUAAGAAGGCUUUUAAAGAAAGUUCUAAUCUACAGUGUAGCUCACAAUAUUCCUGAUUUCAUCUAAGUAACCCACAGUAGUCGUAACAUCGUCGAAAAAAUAUUUCUCCGAUUUUGCAAGGAAGUUUUUACACUUGUUUGAGACUGAUUUUUACUUUCUCUCCAACAAGUUUAUGCACUUCAUUGUUGAUGGAAACACCUUUUUCUAAUGAAGUUCUGACGUAGAGUGCAUUUAACUCACGAUUAAUCAGCAUUUUCCACUACUUCUGUUGUUUUUGUGUCCAGACACCAUGAAGCAUGUCCAAUACCAGCUGGAAUUAUUCUACUUUGAAGUUUUUUUUUAGCAUUUGACAAACAACUGGUUUUGUUUCCAGCUUCUUCUACCCAGUUUAUUACAACCAUUUAGCCCUCUGAUGACACUACGCAGCUUGGUUUGUUUUCUUCCAAUCAGUUAAUGGAAACGAGCCUCAUCUGCUUUUUUUGUUUUUGGAUUUUUUGCAUUAUUUCAGUUUACUUCAAAUUUGCUCAAUGGUUCAUCUGGAAACUUGACUGUUUUUGGGCUUAAAGCAAACAAUGAUUUGUCUUGCUCAUAAAAAAACCUGUUUUUCCAUCACAGCAGCAUGUUUUCAGUGUUGCUGUUGCUCCAAUCUCACCACUGAAGUGACGAAUCAGGAUGGUCAAAUGACGUCUUAGAUCUACGUCCAGUGGAGACUUUAUAGUAAUCUGGACUGUGCUCGUAAUCUUGAACUCAGAUGACACUUUAGACAUUACAAAGACUGAACAGGUUGGGAAUUAAGGCAGUAAUGGAUUGAAAUGAUUAACUGUUAAAUCAGAAUGCACUUGCUGUGAUGUCUGCUGAGCCACCGCAGGAGGUUUUGGUUGCAACACGUUGUUAUUUUACUGCUGCUGCUGCGUGUUAUUUCUUGUCGAUGUGGAAUUUUAUUGGACCGAACUCUUUCCGAGGAAUUGGAUUUGCCGGAUGAGUUUGCAUGUCUGAAUCUGCAGGAGGGAAUGAGGAUGUUCGGUCACACCACAUAUGUGCACACUGCGGUGAACUGAUGAGACGAGCCUCUUUAAUUGUUGUGUUAAUUGAUGUGUAACGAGGCACUGAAGUAUGAAGGUGUUUUUGGUUGCUGAAUGUGAUGAAGACCAAACUUUAUGAGUAAUGAAGAAAGAGCAGCUGUAAUUGAUAUUUUAUGAUUGCAAAGUGAUUGUUAAUGUGAACAUUGUGUGUACAAGAUAAUCUGUUGGGAUAAACCUCCAUUAUCGAAGAAAUCUGCAGCUUAUUCUCAACUUUUCAGAGCUUAAUAGUGAGAUUCAGCUCAUUCCUUAGUUGGUCAACCUCAAAAUUAACUGUUUUUUUCCACUUUUACAGCUCUCUCUAGACCCUCUUAAACCUUCUUUUUGUUUUCGUGUUUCAUGUCUAAAUGCUUGCUUUUACUGAAAAAGUCCCGCAAGCUAAUAACAUUUCAGUAUCACUUUUUCAAUACAGAACAAAUCAAAGCUUCAUGUAGUCACAUUAAGAGAUUAAUGAAGCAGCAGUGUUACAUAUUCCAUGUCUGAAAAGUGACUUUCAGUGCAAAAGCUCUAGACACAUAGCCAGUUAGCAGCUAGCAGUGGAUAUAUUUCUUUGAAGAUUUGGUAGAGACCAAAAAAAGAGCUAAAAGAGAGAGAUUAUUGGUCCUACAUUCCCCAGAUAGCCUCAUAAUGAAGAAUAAGCAGCUGUCUGCAAAAAAAUUCACCAUGUGAAUUUUGAAGGUGAUGACACUCUGUGUUUGUAGAUACAGCUUGUUUCUGCUGCCCUCAAGUGGCCAAAAAGUCAGUUUAAUGGCGUUUAAUUGACCAUAUAGUUACAGAUUGCAUACUGAUUAUUUGAAUCUGGUAACAGGAAAAUUGCAGUUCUUUUAUUUUUAUCAAAUUGGUAAAGUUUUUGUUAAAAUUUUAAAAAAUAAAACGAUAACUUAGAAGCAGUAUUUAUACCUCGUCACCAUCAACAGCAGUUAGUCGAGACUUUAUGGCCCAAUCCCAGUCUCCACAUUCACUGACUUUUCGGCACAUUACCACUAAGUGUCUGAAGAUUCUCAGUUUCUCUUUACAACAACAUAUCUGCGGACUUUCCCACCAUGUUAUUGUGAAAUGUACAAAAACUAGAUGUGGAGAAAAUGUGCUGGAACUGUGGGUAAUGGAUGACAUCUGGCUGUUUGCUGCUGUGGUUAUUUAUUGCAUGUUUGUCACUGUAGCAUGGGAUUUACGGAUAUUCACGGCUUUGUUGUCCUUUUGGUAGUUUGCAGAGAAUGUCAGGAUGUCUCCCAGUUCAGUCCAAGUCAUUUAAUAGUUAGCAUAUCCCGAUACUCAGUGCCCGGUCUGAUACAUUUUCCUAGAUAAUGAACACUUGAAGUGCACCAAAGUUAUUAAAACCAAUCCAAAUGUGUAUGCUUGACUGAAUCGUUCUAAAUGCAUUGAGAGAAAAAAAAUACGUUUCUGCCCCCAAGUUGUUCCUUAAUGUUAAGUAGAUGGUCAGAAAGUUCUGGUAGGAAACUGAUGGAGAAAACGUACUCUAUUCCAUUUAUCCAACAGCAUCUGAGCCGUUUAGCUUCAUAUCUGAACGGCCAUUUUUCUGUAAAGUUGCAUUCAUACUAGGUUUUUAUCUUAGUUUCAACACGGCACAAGUCUGAGCUAUGUCCUGUAGCAUUAGAAUAGAAUAGAAAUACUUUAUUAAUCCAUUCAUCCAUAAUCUGUACAUGCUUCAUCCUCAUUAGCAUCACGGCUAAUGACUUAGGGCAAAGGCAAGUCUUCAGUCUAUCACAGGGCUACAUACAGAGACAGUCACACUCGCAUUCACACCUAACGACAAUUUAGAAUCACCAAUUAACCUCAGCAUGCUUUUGGACUGUGGGAAGAAGUCGGAGAAAACCCAAGCAUGCACAGGGAGAACAUGCAAACUCCAUGCAGAAAGGUCCCAGAAAGGCCGGGACGCAAACAGGGAUCUUCUUGCUGCAAGGCGACAGUGCUAACCACCAUCCACUGUACAGCCCCUACGUGAUAUCACAAAAUGUUAAUUAUCUGUAGUACUUGGUUGUUCCUUCAGGUGGAGCCUUUGUGUUUGAUUCUAUAGCAACCAAAGGAGGCGUCACUCAGGCAACAGGCAGUGAGUGUUGGCAAGAGGAGAGCAUUGUGGGAGUUCAGAUGGCAACGGGCACCAUGACAAAGACUUCUAUGGUGUUUAAUGACCUCCGACCAGAUCUUAAACUAUUGUUCAAAAGUUUGGGGUCACUUUGAAAUGUCCUUAUUUUUGAAAGAAAAUAUUUUUUUUUCAAUGAAGAUAACAUUUAAUGAAUCAUAAAUCCAGUCUAGACAUUGUUAAUGUGGUAAAUGACUAUUCUAGCUGGAAACGGCUGAUUUUUAAUGGAAUAUCUCCAUAGGGGUACAGAGGAACAUUUCCAGCAACCAUCACUCCUGUGUUCUAAUGCUACAUUGUGUUAGCUAAUGGUGUUGAAAGGCUCAUUGAUGAUUAGAAAACCCUUGUGCAGUUAUGUUAGCACAUGGGUAAAAGUGUGAGUUUUCAUGGGAAAUAUGAAAUUAUCUGAGUGAUCCCAAACUUUUGAACGGUAGUGUAUAUCUUUGCUGCCACUUACUGAUUUAGGAGAUCAUUCAGUAUUUGCAUCCUGAACGUCCUGCCACAGAUUCUGCUGAGAUGGGGAUUGGGACUGACCUCUGUUCCUGUAAACGUGGUCUCAUUUGGACAUUUUUAGGAAAUUUCUUCAAAUAUGGCUCAACAUUCACUUCAGAAAUUAAUGGUUGAAGGUCCCUGUGACUCCACAAAACAUGUUUUUGUCCUUAACUUAAGAAUUUUUGCUGUAAUUAUGGCAACAUUUUUGCACAGUUAGGAUAAAAUGAAGAAGUAAUGAGCUUUUAGAUCUGAAGAACAGCCCCAGACAGACAUGAAUGUAACCUGUAACAGAUCACAUGGUGAGAAUUCUACUUUGAAGUCACCUGUGCUGAAUAAAGUUUGUGUUCGGGUGGA